AUGGAAGAAGAUACUAGUAUGGAGUCGACGGAGCCUCGAAAACGUGUCGGAGACUUGGCCAAAAUGUUUGAACAGAGUGCCAAUUCCAACAUCACGCCCCAAACAUCUACAUCACGACCUCUCCACAAACAGACUUCUGCUGCCACGUUUCGCUCUAGUGUCAUAUCGCCCGAAGGAUCCGCUAUUAGAAAAAUGGCGUCUUCUGUAGCAAUGUCUACUAGCAACUCGUCUACACCACAGCAUUCCUCAACACAGCAACCUUGGCAGAGUCAGCAGAGAAAACAACCACAUCAUAGUAAACCUAAAAGUAGAAAUACCAGCAGUAACAACGAUUCCAGUGGUAAUGGCAAGAGAUCAAGUGCCGGAUCCGAUAGCGAGACGGAUUAUGACGCUCAGGGAAAGAGACUAUCAGUGUCUCGUCUUAGCAGGAUAUUCGAAGCUGAAGAUGCAAACACGGCACCAAAGUACAAUGGCAAUACUGGUCAAUUGGCGUUUGGUGUUGUUAAGACUGAUAGCGGACGAGGACCAGGUAGUUUAAAGUACAAGUCAUCGUCUGCAUCUAUUUCGACAGAAGAUGGACAAGGUGCUAGUAGUGGAAUUUCAUUAAAUCGCUCACUAAGGAAUCCACCGCCAGUCAGGCCCGCAAAGCCUGCGAAUCUCUCUGCUGAUCCUAUAAUAAUAGCACCACGACCAAUAUCACCAACUUCAGUAAGUACUUCUUCACCACCGAAACCGGGCUAUUCUCGACCACCAAUGCCCAGUAAGAAACGAUCUGUAAAUCCAUUCGUAGCAGGCCCAACACCCCCGCCAUCUAUAACAUCUCCAGUACACUCAGAAUCCCCACCUACAGCAUCGCAUACAGAAGAAGAACCAGUCGCUGUAAUGCCGGUACGGCCAUUAGCAGAAAGGAUUGCCGCGUUGAAUGCUGGUGCAGGAGGUCUCACAUUCGAACCACCAAAAACCGCUCCUUCGCUCUCACGUACACCAUCGGUGACUCGACCAAUAAUAUCACCCAACUCUCCUGUAAUGAAUGCAAACUUAAUAGCUCCUCCAUCACCAAUGACUCGUGAUAGUAGUAUGAAUAGAGAAGGAACACCACCACCUCUGACCGAGUUGCCUGAAUCAGCAUAUGUUGGUCAGCGAUCACCUAUAUCUGAAGAUUUCUCACGGAUGGCUGGUCGUAGUUCACCCUUUAGCCCUCCUACAUCGUCAACGCCUGUACCAAGUGAAGAUGGUGGUGAGAUGACUGAGGAAGAUCAAGCCAAGAAGCGUGAAUCUAGAAGACGGAAUGUGCUGAAGGAGCUAGUAGAUACUGAGAGGUCGUUUUUGAAUGACAUGGAAGUUUUACGAGAUGUAUUCUACUAUCCGUCAAUACAAACUGGUGUACUAUCAGAAUCCGAUGUUAAGAUUCUGUUUUCAAACCUUGAAUCUGUCAUUGAUGUCUCUCGAUGGUUUCUAUCAUAUCUAGACGAAGCUUGUGUUCCUGACGAUGAUUACGCUGGAGAUGCCUUCAUGAAUGCUGCUCCACAACUGGAGGAAGUCUUUACAGAGUUUUGCAAACAUAAUGAAUCUUCAGUGACACGAUUGCAAGAAUUGGCUGGUCCGACUGGUGCAGAUGAAGUCAAGGAGUUUCUAAAGUCGGCACAAGGAGAGCUGGCUGGUAGGACUCAAGCAUGGGAUCUGGGCUCGCUGCUGAUUAAGCCGGUGCAGAGAGUGCUUAAAUAUCCGUUACUCAUCAAACAAUUGAUAAAGGAUACUACCUCAACGCAUUCUGACUUCCAGCAACUUGGACGAGCUUAUGUGGAAAUGGAACGCAUUGCAGAAAAGAUCAAUGAAGUCAAAAGAAGAAAGGACAUUGUUGAGAAAUACGUAGAAGGAAAGGGAUCUACAAACAUUGUACGGGGUAUCAACAAGAAGCUUGCUCGUGGUACCCAACGAGUCAAGGAAGGUGUAGGACUCUCUAAAGGCUCUGUCGACACGACAUAUGAAGCCUUGUCUGAUCGAUUCGAGUCGCUUCAACGAGAUAUGUUAGAGUUACGGCAGGCUUGUGGCGAUUGGAUCAAGUCUGUUAGAGAAUACUCUGAACUGGAAGAUACUUUUGCUACUGCUUGGGACGAAGUGUAUAGUAUUGACAGAGGAUCACAUGUGGUGUCAGAAUAUCGUAAAGCAUCAGCUAGAAUAUCUGCCAGUUUAUGGCGAGAUGCGGACACUCGAAUGAAGGGCACCGUGUAUUCCACUAUGGACUCGUUGCAAGGUCAAUUCAAAAACCCCACAGUUUUGAUGAAGAAGCGAGAUGCAAAGUUAUUGGAUUUCAAUCGUGUCAAGGAGGCUCGGACUCGAGGUGAUCCAGUAGAUCGAGCCUUGGCGGAAUCUGCAGACACAUAUACUAGUAUGAAUGCUCAACUGGUGGAAGAGUUGCCAAAAUUCCUAUCUCUAGUCGAAUCCAUGAUAGAUAUAAUAGUCGUACGCAUAGUAACUGUUCAAGCUCAGACAUAUUAUGACUUGCACACGAUCAUGAACAUCCUACCACCAGGAGCUAUAGUAGAUGGGCUUCAAGUAGUGCCGCUCUAUCAGCAGUCAGUGGCUGUUGGUGGAACAGUAGAGUCAGCCUUUAAAGGAAUGGGUGCACUUUCUAAAUGGAGGAGAAGCAUAUGGGGAGAUCAAACCACCAGCAGCGAGGCUGAAUAUUUGGUGGAUGGCAUUGCUGUAGGCGCUGGAUUUGCAGCUCCUGAUAGAGCAUUAUCUCCUGAUCUAUCCGAUGCCUCUUCGACCCAUGCACCAUUCGGUCGCCCUGCUCCUGGUAGCUGGAGCCCAAUAACUCAUAGUAGGACCGUCACUGGUGAAUCGGAAUCGUCAACAGCAACAUCUCCGUACAUUCCACCGAGACCGGUAGUAGCAAUGCCUUCACCAAAACUCGGUAUUCCCACCAGACCUAGCAUCCCUAGCAGAAACAGCUCAGAAGGAACGUCGCCGACUCUACGCAGACAUAAUUCACAGAGCAUGAAACCGUCUGCAUCUGGCUCAUCCCUCUUCAGGCCGUUUGAAUUUGGGACCAAGAGAAAAGAUGGCCUGUCCUCUUCUUCGUCUACAUCAAUCACCAGUAAUAACUAUAAUAGCACCAAUAAUCACCAAAGUAAUGUAGACAAUGUCGAGCUGCCGUCAAGACCAGCACCACCACCAAGGCCUCAAUCAAAUCAUGGUCCUGGACAAAGACGGUCUAGAGCAUUGUCAGCAGAUAGGGCGUCUCGAACUUCGGUACACGAGGCGCUCUCGCCCACUAGUAAUUACUUGUUUGAUGCUGAUGUGGUGUAUGCAUUUGAUCCUGAAGAUGAAUUAGAAGUCAGACUCGAACCAGGUGAUGUUGUGAGAAUAGAACGGUUGGGCGCCGCCUCUGAUGGGUCUGAAGCGGAUGGAAGCGAAGACUGGUGGUUUGGUGAGAUUAUAGAAUCGUCGGAUGAUAGGACUGGAACUCGUGGUUGGGUACCUAGGUUGUAUUUAGAGCCACGGCGUCGGCCCAGUAUCAGCCAUGUUUGGUAG